AUGGAACAAGAUAGCAAGAAGGCUCAGGCUGGUCACAUCCCAAAAGAUGGAGUGGUAGAGGAUCCCAACGUGGUCGAAUUUGAUGGGCCGGACGACCCCGAAAAUCCACUGAAUUGGUCUUCUACAAAGAAAGCGACCCAGAUUAUUCUUUCACCCAUUCUCAAAAACUUCAACUCAUCAAAUCAAACUGCCGGCGCUCUCGUCACCACCGUUUUCCUGUUGGGCUACACAUUUGGUCCCAUCAUGAUUGCGCCUCUCUCCGAGUUAUACGGCCGCGCCAUCCUGUACAAUACAUGCAUGUUUUUAUUUAUUAUCUGCAACAUUCUUUGCGCAUUAGCGAACAGCCUUGGCUCAUUGAUCGUAUACCGAUUCCUAAGUGGCAUCGCGGGUUCGUGUCCGGUCACGCUUGGCCCCGGAUCCAUUACCGAUAUGCUCACCAGUGAGAAGCGUACGGGGCCCAUGGGCGCAUACAUUAUUGUUUCUAUACUUGGCCCGAACAUUGGUGUGGUCGCUGGAGGCUAUUUUGCCGCUGCAGCAGGCUGGCGCUGGGACUUUUGGCUCAUCGUCAUUGUCUGCAGCGUUCUGACCUUGUUGUCGGUCUUGUUUCUGUGCGAGUCGAACCCUUAUGUCCUCCUCGAACACAAGGCCCGACAUUUGCGAAAAAGGACGCGAAAUAUGGCGUUGCAGUCUACAUUACAUACUAGCAAGACGUCAAGGGAUUUGUUCACCUUUUCUAUUACCCGACCGCUCAAAAUGCUCAUGUCGCCGAUUGUGUUCUCGCUCUCGCUCUAUACCGCCACUGUAUGCAGCUAUCUCUACCUCUGUUUUACCACGUUCGAGACCGUCUUCCAUGACCAAUAUGGCUUCUCCAGCGGCGAAACUGGUUUGGCCACCCUUGGCAUGGGUGCUGGCUGCGUCUUCGGAUGUGUCGCAUGUGGUCUCCUUACAACUACCGUUUCAAAGUGGCUAACCAAAAUGCAUGGCGGUAACUCAAAACCAGAAUAUCAACUCAUAUCCAUGAUUCUUGGUGGCGUUUGCACGCCCAUUGGCCUUUUCUGGUACGGAUGGUCCGCGCAUGCCAAGCUGCAUUGGAUGGUGCCGAUUAUGGGUGCUGUAUUCAUCGGCAUAGGCAUGAUCUUUACCUAUAUGCCAAGUAUGAUGUACCUCAUUGAUAUAUACACUCGUCAUGCCGCUUCAGUAACAGCUGCAAGCACAAUCCUUCGAUGUCUUCUCGGCGCCGUGCUUCCUCUCGCCGGCCCUGCUAUGUACAAUGCGCUAGGUCUUGGAUGGGGCAAUUCUCUGCUUGCCUUCAUCUCCAUCGCCUUUCUCCCUAUACCUAUUAUCUUAUCUCUCUAUAGCGAGCGUUUACGAAAUAUAAGAAUCUUCAAGGUAGAAUUUUAG